AUGGAAACAAUUAAGAGUAUCAUUAAGGAUAUAGAUGAUGAUCACUUUUCUAUCUUAGUUGAUGAAUCACGUGAUGUGUCAUGUAAGGAGCAAAUGACUACUGUUCCGCGUUACGUUGAUAGAAGGGGAAGCGUGAUUGAGCGAUUUAUGGGUAUUGUUCAUGUUCGUGAUACUUCUGCAUUGUCUCUAAGGAAUGAAAUUGUUAAUUUACUUGCUCAACAUUCUUUAAGUCCAUCUUCUAUACGUGGACAAUGUUAUGAUGGAGCAAGCAACAUGCAAGGUGAUUUAAAUGGUCUUAAGAUCUUAAUGCAAAAAGAAAGUAGAGGUGCUCAUUCUAUUCAUUGUUUUGCUCAUCAACUUCAAUUAACUCUUGUUGCGAUUUCUAGAAGAUGUGAUCAAGUACAAGAACUUUUAUUAUUGCUUUCCGAUAUAUUGAAUAUGGUGGGAUCUUCUUUCAAGCUUAGAGAUGAACUUCGUGAAUCUCAAGCAGAAGAAAUAGAAGAGGCAUUACGUAAAGGGGAGCUUGAAACUGGUAAGGGUUUGAAUCAAGAAUUGGGUCUUGCUAGAGCUGGUGAUACUCGAUGGGGAUCUCAUUAUAAAUCCUUUAAUAAUUUUAUUAUUAUGUUUGGCCCUAUUAUUGAUGCGCUUGAUGCUAUUGCUGUUAACGAACGUUUUGAAGAGAAAUGUAAGGCAAAGGGAUAUCUUAAAGCAUGUUUAACAUUUGAAGUUGUCUUCACGUUGCAUUUGAUGCGUACAGUUUUAGAAAUCAUAAAUGAGCUUAAUGCAGCCUUUCAAAAGAAGGAGCAAGAUAUUGCAAAUGCCAUGCUACUUGUUGGAGUGACAAAUGAUCAUUUGCAAACAUUGAGAAAAGAAGGUUGGAAUUCACUUAUUGAUGAGGUAUCUAAAUUCUGUAUAAAAUAUGAUAUUUUUAUACCCAAAUUUGAUGAGCUUUAUGUUAUCCCUGGAAGAUCACGUCGUAGAGUUUCUGAGUACACUAUUUCGCAGCACUAUCGUGUUGAGCUUCAGAAUUACAUUGUUGAUGUCCGAGAUCAUGAUAAAAGGUUUUCUGGUCUUAAGGGACUUGGUGAUCUUUCCAUAAAACUAGUGGAGACAAAGAAGCAUGGGACUUAUCCUCUUGUUUUUCAACUAGUGAAAUUUGCUUUGCUUUUGCCAGUUGCUACUGCUACAGUUGAGAGAACUUUUUCGUUUCUCCGCCUCACGCCCUCACCAAUCAGCUUGUCAAGACUCAGGCCGGCGUCAGUCGCAUCACGCCCUCACCAAUCAGCCCGUCAAGAUUCAAGCCAGCGUCAGUCGCAUUUCUCAGCUUCUUUCUUUCAUUCUUCAGUCGCAUCUUCACUUCAUUUCUCAAAUCAAUCAGAUUCUUCAGUCGCAUUUUCAUUUCACUCUUCAGUCGCAUUUCUUAGCUGCAUUCUUCAGCUUCAUCUUGAUUCUUCGUGUAAAUUUUAG